AUGCAGAACAUGACUGGGCGGGAGCUGAACAAGCUGUGGAAGGACUAUUUUGUCGUCAGCUUUGUGCGCAACCCAUUUCAGCGUGCGGUCAGCAUGUACCGCAUGUUCAUGCGGGAAGUGGAGCUGGGCGGUACCGAGGACCGCACCUACACCUGGAACCAGUUCUGUGCGGACCCGGCGGGGUUUGGGGCCAAGUGCGAGGCUGAUGAGAAGUGCAAGACGAGAGGAGGGCAGAGCUACACAUUCACCCACAUGCAACCCCAGAUGGACUGCAUGGUGACGGAGGGCGGCGGCUGGGCGGUGGACUUCAUAGGCCGGGUGGAGCACAUGGAUGAGGACCUGCAGGCGGUGCUGGAUGAGCUGGAGCGGCGUCGAGAAGCUGACGUGCCGCCGGUGAGGCCUUUGGAGAACGGCCUGAGGCACUACAACGAGCGUGGCUGCAACCACAGCAAAGAAGAACUAGAGCGACUGGCAGCCUUGGGCAAGCCCAUGGCGAAGGAGCAGUACUGCGAACCCGAGCAGUACUAUGAGGGCCAGCACGCGGCUUGCUUACGCGCCAUACCGCACCACUAUGCCAGCGAUGUGCACAUGCUAGGGUUUGAUUGA